AUGGCCGCAAGCAGACCCCACGACUUAGAUCCCUUCUCCGACCACGCCGCCGUACAAGAUGAGCGGGAAGCAAUCGCCGAAUCGACGCUGGCCGUGGGCCGCAAUGCCACGCUUACCUUGGGGACCGAUACGGUCAUUGUGUUAGAUGAAGGACUUCGCAAAGCAACAGGGUUCAAUUGUUUCGGCCUGUGGCCUCAGAGGACUACCAGCACUCGCUCGAUUCCUUACUUCAACGUUCUGUGGGCAGAAAUCGUCAAAGACGACCUGACGAUCCGAUAUGCCAAACCCGAGUCGAAAUCUGCCGAUUCCCCUGUCCACGUCGCAUACAUCAACUACACCCUAGACAGUUCUGCAUACACGCAAGAGAGGGCCUCGAGAUGGGUACAUCGUCUCCUCGACCGCGCCUAUGGACAAUCACGACGCAACAAGAGAAUUAAACUGUUGAUAAACCCGUUCGGAGGAGCCGGAAAGGCCUCCAAACUCUACACCCGUGAGAUCGAGCCCAUCUUCGCUGCGGCGCGAUGUGAGGUCGACGUGGAGCACACCACUCACGCAGGUCAUGCGGUGGAAAUCUGCGAACGGCUCGACAUCAACGCAUACGAUGUCGUGGCCAGCGCCUCAGGCGACGGACUUCCCCACGAAUGCAUCAAUGGUCUGGCCAAGAAACCCAACGCUGCGGAAGCCCUGAGAAAGGUUGCCAUUGUCCAACUUCCCUGUGGAAGCGGGAACGCCAUGUCAUGGAACUUGAACGGCACAGGGGAGUGCAGCACGGCGGCUCUUUGCAUUGUUAAAGGGGUGCGGACUCCUCUCGAUCUCGUCAGUGUCACUCAAGGAGACAAACGGACGAUUUCCUUCCUGUCGCAGUCUCUCGGGAUCGUUGCAGAGAGUGAUCUGGGGACCGAAAAUCUGAGGUGGAUGGGUGGCACCAGGUUUACGUUCGGAUUCCUGGUCCGACUGUUGGGGAAAACCGUCUAUCCCUGCGAAAUCGCCAUGAAGACGGCGAUUGACGACAAGCAAGAGAUCCGGCGCCACUAUGCACGGCAGAUGGUCAGGCGAGAACAGGAGAAUCCGUUAUUGCAGAGUGAGCUUGACGGGCCGCUAGACACUUCGACCAAUCUCGGCCUACCACCGCUUCAGUAUGGUACCAUCAACGAUCCCCUCCCGACGGAUGCGGGAUGGACGCCCUUGACCCCAUACCCGACGCUGGGCAACUUUUACUGCGGCAAUAUGACCAUGAUGGCCGCCGACAUGCCAUUCUUCCCGGCCUCCCUUCCCUCGGACGGCCUUCUCGAUCUGGUGACGAUUGACGGGGACAUUGGGCGGAUGAAAUCCAUAGGUCUGCUCCUCUCGGUGCCCAAAGGCACGUUCUUUGACAAAGAUUGCGUCAACACCUACAAGGUCCAAGCCGUGCGGGUGAUCCCUCGGUACGGACCCGGGGUAGAAGACGCCCAGCACCUACAGCAUAAGAAGAAAACCGGGUACUUUAGUGUCGAUGGCGAAAAGAUGCCUUUCGAGCCUUUUCAACUUGAGGUGCACCGAGGACUGGGCACUGUAUUGAGCAGGCACGUUGGGAGGUAUGAGGCGAUUGGGCCUAAGGGGUGGCAAGAUAUUGAGGUGGGCCGAGCAAAUAGCUGA